GGAAUGUGUUAGGGUAAGGGUGUUCUAAACUAAACCUUGGUCCUGCCACAUCACACCGCUCCAGUACAGCCGGGAGAACAGAACUGGAUCCCUGACACAGGGGUCUCUCUGUACCUCAGACGCUGCAGGAACCUGAAACUCAAAGCUAACCCAACACACAGUGGAGUGAGCCACAACUCUCAAUACAAAUAAUCAAUUAAUCAGUAUUUAUUGAUCGGGAAGUGCUGUGCUGCGUUGGAACAUAGCUGCAUUGGAGAGAGGGUUUGAUGAUCGAGGGGCCAGGUGGAUUUCCUCUGGUUUUCACCCAUCAGCGUGGACUAUAGCAACAGAGAAGGGGCCAAGAUGAAUCAGACCAAGGUGGUAGAAGAGGAACUGUAUAACUACUAUGACUACUCAGACUGGUACUCAAACAAUAUGGAACCCACCAGACCUCCAAAAGAGUAAGUAUGGGGUCAGUAAAUAGUAUACUAUUUAGCCGACGGUUUGUACAGACGUUUUCGUAUGGGUGGCUGCCGCACAGCGGGGAAAGCGCGUUCUCAAUCCUGACGUUGCAAACGCCAUGCUCUACAAACUGAGUCACACAGGAUCAGUGCAAUGAAUUAUGGGGAUUGUGUCAUAAUGUUAUUACGAUUUAAUUGAAUCUAAGAUCAGGGUUUCUCAACCACUGACCCGCAGGGGCCAAAGUAUUGCUGGUUUUCAAUUCUUCCGGUUUUCCCAUCCAUGAUUGAAUAUCCAUUACAAAUGGCAUAUUUUCAGUUCUUAGGCGAAACUCUUGUCAGAUUCGCUACUGAGAGCACAGUCAAGCUGAACAGGAUUUCUAGGGAGUUUGUUUUUGGUCUGCAUAAAUCGUUUCUGACGGCCAUUGCUCGGCUUGUGUUGUAUGACUGUUUCAGAGUUAUUCUCCCAUGUGACCCCACAGCGGAUGACCAGCUGUUUCACAUAUGUAUCACUUCAGUAUCUGUAAGUAUCAGGCCUACUGUCUAUUUCAAUAUUUCCACCUGGUGAUUUUCUUUUUUUUGUAUACAACAUUUUAUUUAACCUUUAUUUUAACAGGGAGUCAUGUUGAGACCAAGGUCUCUUUUGCAAAUGAGCCAUGUAAUUACAAAGAUGCACAUCCAAUACAAAUACGAAAUGCAACACAUUUACCAACAACAGUAGUGUUCACAGGUCAAAUGAAUAUCAAAUAUGAAUGUUUGGAAUUAAUGAAAACAGUGAAUGACUAUAUAGGCCAUGUCCUAAAGGGGAUGUUCAGUCAGUACAGAUGACUAUAGGCCAUGUACUAAAGGGGAUGUUCAGUCAGUACAGAUGACUAUAGGCCAUGUCCUAAAGGGGAUGUUCAGUCAGUACAGAUGACUAUAGGCCAUGUCCUAAAGGGGAUGUUCAGUCAGUACAGAUGACUAUAGGCCAUGUCCUAAAGGGGAUGUUCAGUCAGUAUAGAUGACUAUACGCCAUGUCCUAAAGGGGAUGUUCAGUCAGUACAGAUGACUAUAGGCCAUGUCCUAAAGGGGAUGUUCAGUCAGUACAGAUGACUAUAGGCCAUGUACUAAAGGGGAUGUUCAGUCAGUACAGAUGACUAUAGGCCAUGUCCUAAAGGGGAUGUUCAGUCAGUACAGAUGACUAUAGGCCAUGUCCUAAAGGGGAUGUUCAGUCAGUACAGAUGACUAUAGGCCAUGUACUAAAGGGGAUGUUCAGUCAGUACAGAUGACUAUAGGCCAUGUACUAAAGGGGAUGUUCAGCCAGUACAGAUGACUAUAGGCCAUGUCCUAAAGGGGAUGUUCAGUCAGUACAGAUGACUAUAGGCCAUGUACUAAAGGGGAUGUUCAGUCAGUACAGAUGACUAUAGGCCAUGUCCUAAAGGGGAUGUUCAGUCAGUACAGAUGACUAUAGGCCAUGUCCUAAAGGGGAUGUUCAAUCAGUACAUUUGUGCUACCCACCAUGACCUCAGAAAGCCAUCUCCCUCAACAGCAUCAGUGAUAUAUGCCAUUGUUUGUGGUAGAGGGCUGGCUUCCACUUCGCUGAGGAAACCAAUAGCACGAAUUGUAAUUGAACUGACAUACUGUAGGGCUAUUCACUCAGAGCACUAUGAAGGGUCAACCUGGACUCAGGGGUAGAUGUAACAUAGUAAAUGAUAAUCCGUCACUCAAAUUAGUAUGAUAUGUUACGUUUGGUAUGGUAUUGAUUUGUGAUUAUGAUAUGUUACGAAUUACAAUCCGUAUGAUAUGUUACGAAUUCCAAUUUGUUUUGGCUAACGUUAGCUAGGUGGCUAGUUGGCUAACGUUAGGGGAAGGGUUAGCUAACAUGCUAAGUAGUUGCAAAUUAGCUCAAAAGUAGUAAGUAGUUGCAAAGUUGCUAAUUAGAUACAUUUGUAAUGUUGUCUGUGAUGAGAUUCGAACACGCGACGCGUUAUGCAUCCACCCCAACCAACCACCCCGACCAACCACGCUCCUUUUGUUUUUGCUGUAAGCAACCUUCUGUCUUAUGUAACCAUACCAAACGUAACAUAUCAUACUCAUUUGAGUGUUCCUGAUUUUCAUUUCCUAUGUUACGGCUAGUCUAUGAGACCAGGCUGGAAGGGUGGGUCAGCAUCUCCACUUACCAGGGCUCAUCAAAAAUAAUGAGACAAUGGUGAGGUAGCAUUCAGAAGGUCGUUUUCUAGGAGUUUCCCCAUAUUAUUUCAGGCCCUCUGGCUUGACAACAAGGUACAGUGGCUUGCGAAAGUAUUCACCCCCCUUGGCAUUUUUCCUAUUUUGUUGCUUUACAACCUGGAAUUAAAAUGGAUUUUUUGGGUGUUUGUAUCAUUUGAUUUACACAACAUGCCUACCACUUUGAAGACACCUUUUGCAGCAAUUACAGCUGCAAUAAUCUUGGGGUAUGUCUCUAUAAGCUUGGCACAUCUAGCCACUGGGAUUUUUGCCCAUUCUUCAAGGCAAAACUGCUCCAGCUCCUUCAAGUUGGAUGGGUUCCGCUGGUGUACAGCAAUGUUUGAGUCAUACCACAGAUUCUCAAUUGGAUGGAGGUCUGGGCUUUGACUAGGCCAUUCAAAGACAUUUAAAUGUUUCCCCUUAAACCACUCGAGUGUUGCUUUAGCAGUAUGCUUAGGGUCAUUGUCCUGCAGGAAGGUGAACCUCCAUCCUAGGCUCAAAUCUCUGGAAGACUGAAACAGGUUUCCCUCAAGAAUUUCCCUGUAUUUAGCGCCAUCCAUCAUUCCUUCAAUUCUGACCAGUUUCCCAGUCCCUGCCAAUACAAAACAUCCCCACAGCAUGAUGCUGCAUGAUGCUGGUGUUCUCGGGGUGAUGAGAAGUGUUGGGUUUGCGCCAGACAUAGCGUUUUCCUUGAUGGCCCAAAAGCUCAAUUUUAGUCUCAUCUUCCAUAUGUUUGGGGAGUCUCCCACAUGCCUUUUGGCGAACACCAAACGUGUUCGCUUAUUUUUUUCUUUAAGCAAUGAUUUUUUUCUGCCCACUCUUCCGUAAAGCCCAGCUCUGUGGAGUGUAUGGCUUAAAGUGGUCCUAUGGACAGAUACUCCAAUCUCCGCUGUGGAGCUUUGCAGCUCCUUCAGGGUUAUCUUCGGUCUCUUUGUUGCCUCUCUGAUUAAUGCCCUCCUUGUCUGGUCCGUGAGUUUUGGUGGGCGGCCCUCUCUUGGCAGGUUAGUUGUGGUGCCAUAUUCUUUCCAUUUUUUUAUAAUGGAUUUAAUGGUGCUCCGCGGGAUGUUCAAAGUUUCUGAUAUUUUUUUAUAACCCUACCCUGAUCUGUACUUCUCCACAACUUUGUCCCUGACCUGUUUAGAGAGCUCAUUGGCCUUCAUUGCUUGGGGGUGUCCCUUGCUUAGUUGUGUUGCAGACUCUGGGGCCUUUCAGAACAGGUGUAUAUAUACUGAGAUCAUGUGACACUUAGAUUGCACACAGGUGGACAUUAUUUAACUAAUUAUGUUACUUCUGAAGGUAAUUGGUUGCACCAGAUCUUAUUUAAGGGCUUCAUAGCAAAGGGGGUGAAUACAUAUGCACGCACCACUUUUCCGUUAUUUAUUUUGUAUAAUCUCCUGAGUGGCGCAGUGGUCUAAGGCACUGCAUCGCAGUGCUAACUGUGCCACUAGAGAUCCUGGUUCGAAUCCAGGCUCUGUCGCAGCCGGCCGCGACCGGGAGACUCAUGGGCGGCGCACAAUUGGCCCAGCGUCGUCCAGGGUAGGGGAGGGAAUGGCCGGCAGGGAUGUAGCUCAGUUGAUAGAGCAUGGCGUUUGCAACGCCAGGGUUGUGGGUUCGAUUCCCACGGGGGGACAGUAUAAAAAAAAAAAAUGUAUUCACUAACUGUAAGUCGCUCUGGACAAGAGCGUCUGCUAAAUGACUAAAAUGUAAAUGUAAAUGUAAGUUAUUUUUUUCAUUUCACUUCACCAAUUUGGACUAUUUUGUGUAUGUCCAUUACAUGAAAUCCAAAUAAAAAUCAAUUUAAAUUAGAGGUUGUAAUGUAACAAAAUAGGAAAAAACGCCAAAGGGGGAUGAAUACUUUAGCAAGGCACUGUACAUUAGAGGAUUAUUUUAGUUGCACUGUAGUUAAGGAAAGGAAUUAGAGUUCCUAUUGUAGCACUGAUGGAGUAUUUUGUCUCCUAGCUCGUUAUGGUGUUGAUUCUAGCAGCCCUGAAGAGGAGAAAGACUCUAUGUGAGGGUUUCACCAGUGGAUCAACUGGUAUCUCAAGGUAAGUGCAGGUCAUUACCAAACAUAUCAACAUGAAGCAACCAGGAACUCUUGUUAAUAUAUGACAACCCACUGGGCAAAUACUGGUUGAAUCAACAUUGUUUCCACGUAAUUUCAACCCUAAAAUUACAUGUGAUGACAUUGAAUCAACAUGGAAAACGGAUUAGAUUUUAACCUAAAUCCAAUGACAUGGGGACAUUUUUUGUUGAUUUCACCUUGAAUUCACGCUAGUUGACAACUCAACCAAAUGUAAAUCAAAACUAGACGUUGAACUGACAUCUGUGGCCAGCGGGAAACCACACAAAACACCGCUGUUACAAGAACAACUCAGGCUGCCGCAUCACGAUAACAUACCGAUAGACCAUUUAUAACACUUAAACAUGUUACCAUUCUGUAAUACAGUGCCACAGUAUUGUUGACACUUUCAUUUUCUGGUGUAUGCUUGGUCUUAUCUCUGGUCUCUUCCCGCUGUGUGCCCCCCCACCAGUCCAGUGAACUUCCUGGACCAGACGCAGCACAAGGCCCUGGCGGUAGCUGUGUUUGGGCUGGUCUUCAGCAAGCUGUCUGUAUUGGUCCUGGCUCCAGACCCCCUGCCCUUCUCCAAAGACACCCCUCAGGAAAUCAAAGGUGAGUAGCUGUGUCCCUAUCCCACUAAACAGUGACCCUCACUCAACAGUCCUAGAGAGACACAGGAUCCACCGUUAGUUCAAGCCUACUCCUGGUGAAGGUACAAUAGGGUCGGGGGUGGGGGGGGGGGGGGUCAAUUCAGGAAGGAAACUGAUUCCUAUCCCAGACAAGCUCCCAAAACUCUUUAACAGGCCUCGGGAUGAGGUUCCAGACAGAUGAUGACUUCUGGUAUAGUAUAAACACAUUGAAGGGAAGACCUGAUGUGAUACUGAAUGCAGACUGUGUGUUCCUCCUCCUUCCAGAGUACAUGAAGAUCGUGGCCAUCUUCUACUGGCCUGCCCUGUACUACCCACUCCUGGCCUGUGGUACGCGCCACAGUAAACUGGGCUAUGUGCUGGGCAGUCUGCUCUCCUGGACACACUUUGCUGUCCUCGUCUGGCAGAAGCUCGACUGUCCCAAAACACCAGAGGUAAUAUCAUCUGAUAUUAAAGUGGGGGGGGGGAAAAAGGGGCACAUCUUUUUUUUUUGUUGCAUCAUAUUUUUAACAGAAUUCAUAUCUCAAGCUAAACAUUUUCUAUAUACAGUGUCUUAAAAUGUUGUAUCUACCAUAACACAUUUGUAAAAAAAUCUGUACAUUUGUAUUUGAUAUGUUUUCCAUUGUCGUCUCCACAGCUGUAUAAGUACUAUUCCCUGCUGGCCAGUCUCCCACAGAUAGCCUGUCUGGGAUUCCUCUGUGUCAAGUACCCGCUACUGUUCCUCAAAGGUGCUGAGGCCAACGGUUCUGAGGUGAGGGAACUGCUCUUUGACCAAUGAAUGUAUAGUCAUGAACCUGCCAGCCACUGUAGUCUCUCUUUUAAGGUUUUGAUAACAACAAUAUCAACGUUUCCUGAUCCCUGCCUGCAUUUAGGUUACUGUCCUACUCGUGAACUAUCUGGAUGAGAACUGCUCGUGAUGCUUAUGUAAAAACAAAAAACGCAGCUCUUCAAGAGACUGUUUAAGUUAUGAAUCUACAAGUCAACCACAUACAUGUACCAAAGGUCUGGUUACCAUAAGCAGCUUGGAUGGAAUUGAUUUAGUACGAUAUCCCUGCACAGAUUAUGACCGAGGAGUGUUAUUCCUCUCAAGGUUUACACAAUGCAGUGUUUACUUCACUGUAAUCUGUGGAUUGCAUAGCUGUAAAUGGUCAGUGAGAUCAUGUGAGGGAGUCUUUAAUCUGUCUGUGUAUUCUUUUUUUUUUUUUUUUUUUACAUUUUACAUCAUUUAGCAGACGCUCUUAUCCAGAGCGACUUACAGGAGCAAUUAGGGUUAAGUGCCUUGCUUAAGGGCACAUCGACAGAUUUUUCACCUAGUCGGCUCGGGGAUUAGAACCAGCGACCUUUCGGUUACUGGCACAACGCUCUUACCCACUAAGCUACCUGCCGCCCUAUAUGCAUAUGGCUCUAUACUAGGCUACCUGCCGCCCUAUAUGCAUAUGGCUCUAUACUAGGCUACCUGCCGCCCUAUAUGCAUAUGGCUCUAUACUAGGCUACCUGCCGCCCUAUAUGCAUAUGGCUCUAUACUAGGCUACCUGCCGCCCUAUGCAUAUGGCUCUAUACUAGGCUACCUGCCGCCCUAUUGCAUAUGGCUCUAUACUAGGCUACCUGCAGCCCUAUAUGCAUAUGGCUCUAUACUAGGCUACCUGCCGCCCUAUAUGCAUAUGGCUCUAUACUAGGCUACCUGCUGCCCUAUAUGCAUAUGGCUCUUACUAGGCUACCUGCUGCUCUAUAUGCAUAUGGCUCUAUACUAGGCUACCUGCCGCCCUAUAUGCAUAUGGCUCUAUACUAGGCUACCUGCCGCCCUAUAUGCAUAUGGCUCUAUACUAGGCUACCUGCCGCCCUAUAUGCAUAUGGCUCUAUACUAGGCUACCUGCCGCCCUAUAUGCAUAUGGCUCUAUACUAGGCUACCUGCCGCCCUAUAUGCAUAUGGCUCUAUACUAGGCUACCUGCCGCCUAUAUGCAUAUGGCUCUAUACUAGGCUACCUGCGCCCUAUAUGCAUAUGGCUCUAUACUAGGCUACCUGCCGCCCUAUAUGCAUAUGGCUCUAUACUAGCUACCUGCCGCCCUAUAUGCAUAUGGCUCUAUACUAGGCUACCUGCCGCCCUAUAUGCAUAUGGCUCUAUACUAAGCUACCUGCCGCCCUAUAUGCAUAUGGCUCUAUACUAGGACCUGCCGCCCUAUAUGCAUAUGGCUCUAUACUAGGCUACCUGCCGCCCUAUAUGCAUAUGGCUCUAUACUAGGCUACCUGCCGCCCUAUAUGCAUAUGGCUCUAUACUAGGCUACCUGCCAGCCCUAUAUGCAUAUGGCUCUAUACUAAGCUACCUGCCGCCCUAUAUGCAUAUGGCUCUAUACUAGGCUACCUGCCGCCCUAUAUGCAUAUGGCUCUAUACUAGGCUACCUGCCGCCCUAUAUGCAUAUGGCUCUAUACUAGGCUACCUGCCGCCCUAUAUGCAUAUGGCUCUAUACUAGGCUACCUGCCGCCCUAUAUGCAUAUGGCUCUAUACUAGGCUACCUGCCGCCCUAUAUGCAUAUGGCUCUAUACUAGGCUACCUGCCGCCCUAUAUGCAUAUGGCUCUAUACUAGGCUACCUGCCGCCCUAUAUGCAUAUGGCUCUAUACUAGGCUACCUGCCGCCUAUAUGCAUAUGGCUCUAUACUAAGCUACCUGCCGCCCUGUAUGCAUAUGGCUCUAUACUAAGCUACCUGCCGCCCUGUAUGCAUAUGGCUCUAUACUAGGCUACCUGCCGUCCUAUAUGCAUAUGGCUCUAUACUAGGCUACCUGCCGCCCUAUAUGCAUAUGGCUCUAUAACUAAGCUACCUGCCGCCCUAUAUGCAUAUGGCUCUAUACUAAGCUACCUGCCGCCCUAUAUGCAUAUGGCUCUAUACUAGGCUACCUGCCGCCCUAUAUGCAUAUGGCUCUAUACUAAGCUACCUGCCGCCCUAUAUGCAUAUGGCUCUAUACUAGGCUACCUGCCGCCCUAUAUGCAUAUGGCUCUAUACUAGGCUACCUGCCGCCCUAUAUGCAUAUGGCUCUAUACUAGGCUACCUGCCGCCCUAUAUGCAUAUGGCUCUAUACUAAGCUACCUGCCGCCCUAUAUGCAUAUGGCUCUAUACUAGGCUACCUGCCGCCCUAUAUGCAUAUGGCUCUAUACUAGGCUACCUGCCGCCCUAUAUGCAUAUGGCUCUAUACUAGGCUACCUGCCGCCCUAUAUGCAUAUGGCUCUAUACUAGGCUACCUGCCGCCCUAUAUGCAUAUGGCUCUAUACUAGGCUACCUGCCGCCCUAUAUGCAUAUGGCUCUAUACUAGGCUACCUGCCGCCCUAUAUGCAUAUGGCUCUAUACUAGGCUACCUGCCGCCCUAUAUGCAUAUGGCUCUAUACUAAGCUACCUGCCGCCCUAUAUGCAUAUGGCUCUAUACUAGGCUACCUGCCGCCCUAUAUGCAUAUGGCUCUAUACUAGGCUACCUGCCGCCCUAUAUGCAUAUGGCUCUAUACUAAGCUACCUGCCGCCCUAUAUGCAUAUGGCUCUAUACUAGGCUACCUGCCGCCCUAUAUGCAUAUGGCUCUAUACUAAGCUACCUGCCGCCCUAUAUGCAUAUGGCUCUAUACUAGGCUACCUGCCGCCCUAUAUGCAUAUGGCUCUAUACUAGGCUACCUGCCGCCCUAUAUGCAUAUGGCUCUAUACUAGGCUACCUGCCGCCCUAUAUGCAUAUGGCUCUAUACUAAGCUACCUGCCGCCCUAUAUCAUAUGGCUCUAUACUAGGCUACCUGCCGCCCUAUAUUGCAUAUGGCUCUUCUAAGCUACCUCCGCCCUAUAUGCAUAUGGCUCUAUACUAGGCUACCUGCCGCCCUAUAUGCAUAUGGCUCUAUACUAGACUACCUGCCGCCCUAUAUGCAUAUUGGGCUCUAUACUAGGCUACCUGCCGCCCUAUAUGCAUAUGGCUCUGAUACUAGGCUCCUGCCGCCCUAUAUGCAUAUGGCUCUAUACUAGGCUACCUGCAGCCUAUAUGCAUAUGGCUCUAUACUAAGCUACCUGCCGCCCUAUAUGCAUAUGGCUCUAUACUAGGCUACCUGCCGCCCUAUAUGCAUAUGGCUCUAUACUAAGCUACCUGCCGCCCUAUAUGCAUAUGGCUCUAUACUAGGCUACCUGCCGCCCUAUAUGCAUAUGGCUCUAUACUAAGCUACCUGCCGCCCUAUAUGCAUAUGGCUCUAUACUAGGCUACCUGCCGCCCCGUAGCUUAGUGGGUAAUCACAGUUACAGUUCUAACAGUGUUACUGCAUCCAAACGAUUGAUCCUAUACAGAGUUACAGGUGGUCAGAUCAUGCACCCGUUGUGUUUAUGAUUGAUCCUAUACAGUGUUACAGGUGGUCAGAUCAUGCACCCAUCGUGUUUAUGAUUGAUCCUAUACAGUGUUACAGGUGGUCAGAUCAUGCACCCAUCGUGUUUAUGAUUGAUCCUAUACAGGGUUACAGGUUGUCAGUGUUAUCAGAUCAUGCACCCAUCGUGUUUAUGAUUGAUCCUAUACAGUGUUACAGGUGGUCAGUGUUAUCAGAUCAUGCACCCAUCGUGUUUAUGAUUGAUCCUAUACAGUGUUACAGGUGGUCAGUGUUGUCAGAUCAUGCACCCAUCGUGUUUAUGAUUGAUCCUAUACAGUGUUACAGGUGGUCAGUGUUGUCAGAUCAUGCACCCAUCGUGUUUAUGAUUGAUCCUAUACAGUGUUACAGGUGGUCAGUGUUGUCAGAUCAUGCACCCAUCGUGUUUAUGAUUGAUCCUAUACAGUGUUACAGGUGGUCAGAUCAUGCACCCGUCGUGUUUAUGAUUGAUCCUAUACAGUGUUACAGAUGGUCAGUGUUGUUAGAUCAUGCACCCAUCAUGUUUAUGAUUUCAGAUCAUGCACCUAUCAUGUUUAUGAUUGAUCCUAUACAGUGUUACAGGUGGUCAGUGUUAUCAGAUCAUGCACACAUCGUGUUUAUGUGUUAAUCAACCAGUGUGAUUCUGAUACCCUUUGGCUUCAGGACCUUGACAGCAGCUACUACACAGACUACGUGAAAUUAAUUCUAAAGAAGAAAAAGUCAAACAUCAGGUGGGGUUUAUGAGAGAAACAAGAUACUAAACUGAAUGACCAGACUGUUUUAUUAUGAGAGAAACAAGAUACUAAACUGAAUGACCAGACUGUUUUAUUAUUAUGAGAGAAACAAGAUACUCAACUGAAUGACCAGACUGUUUUAUUAUUAUGAGAGGAACAAGAUACUAAACUGAAUGACCAGACUGUUUUAUUAUUAUGAGAGAAACAAGAUACUCAACUGAAUGACCAGACUGUUUUAUUAUUAUGAGAGGAACAAUAUACUAAACUGAAUGACCAGACUGUUUUAUUAUUAUGAGAGAAACAAGAUACUCAACUGAAUGACCAGACUGUUUUAUUAUUAUGAGAGGCACAAGAUACUCAACUGAAUGACCAGACUGUUUUAUUAUUAUGAGAGGAACAAGAUACUGUAACAGUGUUGACUGUAGCGUGCAGUUAUUGACAUCAUUGUGUUUCUGUUCAGUACCUCUAUCAGAUCAGAUAAACCCAAACUGUUGGAGAGGAUAACAGACACAGUCAAGUCCUACAUCUACACACCAGAGAAAGGUAAGUCUUGAGUGUUUUUGACAAUUUGUCUGCUAAUCUUUUAUUUUUACAAAAUAUUCUAAUGAUAGUAUUGUUUUACCAUGAUUUUUUUUUUGUAGUAUUCCGGUUUCCACUAAAGCUGGCGAUCUCAGCAUUUGUGUCCUCCAUAGCAGUUUAUCAGGUAACAAACGCUGCGGUUAAUUUGGAAUCGAUCACAUUUCAGCAACACAUAACGAAAAACAAAGGAACAUAGCAACAAUCCACAUCAAAGGUUGGUUGUGAUGCCCGUUUUUGAUAGAAAUAACUCUAACAGCCAUGUGGUCAUCCAUCCCCUAGGUGGCGCUGUUGCUGGUUGUACUGGUGAUUCCCACCCUCCAUAUAGUCCGUGCUGGUAUAGAUGAGAAGUUCCCCUUCCUUCUGGAGGGCGUUGGUAUCGUUCUAUCAGAGGACAGGAUGGAGGUGGUCCAGAUAGUCAUCCACUAUACCUGGUGCUUGGAAGGUGGUUAUCUGUCCUGUAUUUACUGAGAUGAGCUGCAGCAUCGGGUGACAACGUCGGGUGAUAAGACCUGAACUCUUAUGGCUUAUAUUGUAUCAAGCUAGCUAUAUAUAAUAUUUACAUUAGUUUAAUGUUUUUUUUAUUGUAUAAUCAGCCAAUAUAUACGUUUCUGGUAUAAACAUUGACCCUGGCCUGUUCGUUAUGUUUUGUAGUGUGUUACCUGUGUGGAUUGACCCCGGCCUGUUCGUUAUGUUUUGUAGUGUGUUACCUGUGUGGAUUGACCCUGGCCUGUUCGUUCACCUUCAUCAUGCUCAUGAGGUCCAUGAUCCUCCACAGGUAAAUACUUUGAUCAGCCAACACAGUAACACAGUAACUACAUCUGUGCACCAAACAUUGUGUUCUUUUUGUACGUUCAAGAAACAAUGUCACCAUACAAACUAACUGAUAUUUCAAGUGUGUUCCUUUUAAUGCAUAAGUCAUUCUAUUUCUUAUUGUUUCUACCAUCAGAUCGAACCUUCAGGGCUUGUACAGAGGAGAUAUUUACAACAUGUAUAACUGCCAGAAGAGCGUCUGUCCAUCUCAGACAGGCCUAGUGUGCUGGAUGGGUUUUAUUGGAUAUCAGGCUGCUGUCAUCUCUUUAGGUAGGCUAACGCUGACCUAACAUGGUGGUUUUCAUUCCUAAUUAAACAGACAUGUACUUUUGGUUAUUUUUGAUCAUAUAGUUCUUCAGGAAAUACUUUGUCAUUUCUGUGUGCUACCAACCUAAUUUCCUUUUAAACUUACUUAAAAGGAAUUUUAUGCAAGAUGGCAGUUAUAUAUUCUUAUUCUAGAUUCCUCUCUCUCUCACUGUGUAAUAUUAUGUUGUCAGGAAUGGUCCUCCAGACUCUGGUCUUCUUCAUCUGUUUUGUGUGGUUGGUGUUUCUCAUUAUCAUCCCCAUCUUGUAUGGCCAGAACCUCAUACUCUUCCAGGUCGCUGCCAAGGCCUGGUGAGCGCAUCUUCUACCGUGACAAAAUACAUGUUCAUUCAAUGGUGGCUCUGCCUGCUAAUAUGGAAUCAUACACUUGCCCCAUGAAGCCUUUUAUCUGAUUUUCAAGCACCAUUUCACAGAAACAAUUUGACCAGCUUAGCUCCUAUCACCACAAAUACCCUUUUGAACUGAUUGAGAUACUCACCGGUUGAUGAGAGCCCUACAGUCAUGGAUUAUGUUGACGUUGUGGUGUCUGAUCUCUCCAGGCCUGUGUGGGUGACGUUGAUACUGGCGACUGCUCUACAGCACGUUACAGCCAGGUUUGCUUUCAUCAAAAAGGAUGCUGGGACACGAGACUUGAACAACAGGUACUAAGAAACUAGUACACUAUAAAUGAUUUACUUUAUUUAUUUGUAACUUUGUCUCAGAACUAGUGACAUGAUAGAUUACACCAGGGUUUCACAAACUCGGUCCUCGGGACACCAAGGGGUGCACUUUUAUUUUUUAUUUUUUAUUUUUUUACGCCCUAGCACUACACAGCUGAUUCAAAUAAUCAACUAAUCGUCAAGCGUUUUGAUCAUUUGAAUCAGCUGUGUAGUGUUAGGGCAAAAAACAAAACGUGCACCCCUUGGGGUCCAGAGGACCGAGUUUGGGAAACGCUGGAUUUCUUUUUUUUGUAUAUGUCAUGUUAACAUGAAUAAUGACAAAACAUUCAAAUGAAUUCCAAGGGGGACAUGCCCCCCCCCCCCCCCCCCCCUACGGACACCCAGUACCUCCCUAACUACAACACCAUUCACCCCAUCCGAAGUAGAACUAACUAGAUGCGUGCCGUGUCUGUGUUGUUCCAGAGGCAGUCUGUUCCUUCUGACCUACCUGCUCUUCCUGAUCAACAUCAUGGUGGGGUUGAUAGCAGCCAUCUGGAGGAUGGUCAUCACGGCCCUCUAUAACAUCAUCCACCUGGGCCGCAUGGACAUCAGCCUCCUCAACCGCGCCGCUGAAUCCUAUGACCCGGGUAUAUAUAUAUAUAUACAUAUUUUUUUAUUUUACCUUUAUUUAACCAGGUAAGCCAGUUGAGAACAAGUUCUCAUUUACAACUGCGACCUGGCCAAGAUAAAGCAAAGCAGUGUGAUUAAAACAAAACAUAAAGUCAAAAAUACAACAGAAAUACAUAUAAUAUACAGUGUGUGCGAAUGUAGCAAGUUAUGGAGGUAAGGCAAUAAAUAGGCUAUAGUGCAAAAUAAUUACAAUUAGUAUUAACACUGGAAUGAUAGAUGUGCAAGAGAUGAUGUGCAAAUAGAGAUACUGGGGUGCAAAUUAGCAAAAUAAAUAACAAUAUGGGGAUGAGGUAGUUGGGUGGGCUAAUUUCAGAUGGGCUGUGUACAGGUGCAGUGAUCGGUAAGGUGCUCUGACAACUGAUACAUAAAGUUAGUGAGGGAGAUGAGAGUCUCCAGCUUCAGAGAUUUUUGCAAUUCGUUCCAGUCAUUGGCAGCAGAGAACUGGAAGGAAUGGCGGCCAGAGGAGGUGUUGGCUUUGGGGAUGACCAGUGAGAUAUACCUGCUGGAGCGCAUACUACGGGUGGGUGUUGCUAUGGUGACCAGUGAGCUAAGAUAAGGCGGGGAUUUGCCUAGCAGUGAUUUAUAGAUGCCCUGGAGCCAGUGGGUUUGGUGACGAAUAUGUAGUGAGGACCAGCCAACAAAAGCGUACAGGUCACAGUGGUGGGUAGUAUAUGGGGCUUUGGUGACAAAAUGGAUGGCACUGUGAUAGACUACAUCCAAUUUGCUGAAUAGAGUGUUGGAGGCUAUUUUGUAAAUGACAUCGCCGAAGUCAAGGAUCGGUAGGAUAGUCAGUUUUACGAGGGCAUGUUUGGCAGCAUGAGUGAAGGAGGCUUUGUUGCGAAAUAGGAAGCCGAUUCUAGAUUUAACUUUGGAUUGGAGAUUCUUAAUGUGAGUCUGGAAGGAGAGUUUACAGUCUAACCAGACACCUAGGUAUUUGUAGUUGUCCACAUACUCUAGGUCAGACCCGUCGAGAGUAGUGAUUCUAGUCAGGUGGGCGGGUGCCAGCAGUGUUCGAUUGAAGAGCAUGCAUAUAGUUUUACUAGUGUUUAAGAGCAGUUGGAGGCUACUGAAGGAGUGUUGUAUGUCAUUGAAGCUCAUUUGGAGGUUAGUUAACACAGUGUCCAAUGAAGGGCCAGAUGUAUACAAAAUGGUGUCGUCUGCGUAGAGCUGGAUCUGAGAGUCACCAGCAGCAAGAGCGACAUCAUUGAUAUACACAGAGAAAAGAGUCGGCCCAAGAAUUGAACCCUGUGGCACACCCAUAGAGACGGCCAGAGGUCCAGACAACAGGCCCUCCGAUUUGACACAUUGAACUCUAUCUGAGAAGUAGUUGGUGAACCAGGCGAGGCAGUCAUUUGAGAAACCAAGGCUAUUUAGUCUGCCAAUAAGAAUGCGGUGGUUGACAGAGUCGAAAGCCUUGGACAGGUCGAUGAAGACGGCUGCACAGUACUGUCUAUUAUCGAUCGCGGUUAUAAUAUUGUUUAGGACCUUGAGCGUGGCUGAGGUGCACCCAUGACCAGCUCGGAAACCGGAUUGCAUAGCGGAGAAGGUACGGUGGGAUUCGAAAUGGUCGGUGAUCUGUAUGUUAACUUGGCUUUCAAAAACUUUCGAAAGGCAGGGCAGGAUGGAUAUAGGUCAGUAACAGUUUGGAUCUAGAGUGUCACCCCCUUUGAAGAGGGGGAUGACCGCGGCAGCUUUCCAAUCUCUGGGGAUCUCAGACGUUACGAAAGAGAGGUUGAACAGGCUAGUAAUAGGGGUUGCGACAAUUUCGGCGGCUAGUUUUAGAAAGAAAGGGUCCAGAUUGUCUAGCCCAGAUGAUUUGUAGGGGGUCCAGAUUUUGCAGCUCUUUCAGAACAUCAGCUGUCUGAAUUAUCAACAUACAGUUCAGGGAAUUAUAUAGUUACUUUUUGAAAGGCCUGCCACUGGUACAUUUGUUACAAAAUGGAUAUUGUCUAGGGGUCCUAGGCCUAGUUACAUCGUCUGUAACCUGAAUGAAUGUGUGCAUCUAUGUGAGAAAUAAAGGGUUUGAGGACCGUGUUGGCUGAACAGACGUGUUGGCUGGACAUGUGCCUGGGGAGAUAGCAACCUUACUUUGGUCCAGUGCCAGCCAGCUCUGUCUCUCUUGACCUCUUGGUUGGUCAGUCCAAGCGGAUUAUUUGUUCAGAUGGUGGCGAAACAUAAAAAUGUACAAAAUGAAAAAAUACCAAAAGGCAUGCCCAAACUAAAGACUCAAAAAACAAACGAAAGGCCUCAUGGCCACCAAACAAAACCAGCAGCCUCACGGUUUGCCAGCUGGGACACUGACUGACCAUCAUCCUAAUUGGCAGCCCCUGGUGUGCUUAUCAAGCAGACUCAGCAUCUGGACAAGGUUGCUACUGCCCCCUGGGGGAUGGAGUGUGGAAGUGGUAGUGAGCUGUUGUGUGCUGUCUAAACUACCUAACCCUAUUCCAUAACAAAUGAAUGUGAAUUAUUCUCUCGUAGGGUGACCAUGUUCAUUAGCCAACAUCUAACAAUAACCCAUGUAAUGAAAUACAUUUCUGAAAUAUGCGCCCCUGAUCCAAUUCCAUCAAUGUUUUACCUGCUCUGAAAUACACAGGUGAACAGGUUAAACCUAACCCUAACACAUCGGUUUAUGAAUAUGAGCAGUGGUGGAAAAAGUACCCAAUUGAGUAAAAGUAUAGAUACCUUUAAUAGAAAGUUACUCAAGUAAAAGUGAAAGUCACCCAGUAAAAUACUACUUGAGUAAAAGUCUAAACGUUUUUGGUUUUAAAUAUACUUAAGUAUCAAAAGUAAAAGUAUAAAUCAUUUAAAAUUCCUUAUAUUAAGCAAAGCAGACGGCACCAUUUUCUUGUUUUUAAAAUGUACGGAUAGCCAGGGGCACACUCCAUCACUCAGACAUUAUUUACAAAAGAUGCAUUUGUGUUUAGUGAGUCCGCCAGAUCAGAGGCAGUAGGGAUGACCUCUUGAUAAGUGCGUGAAUUUCACAAUUUCCCUGCUCUGCUAAGCAUUCAACAUGUAACUAGUACUUUGGGUUGUCUGGGAGUAAAAAGUACAAUAUUUUCUUUAGGAAUGUAGUGAAGUAAAAGUAAAAGUUGUCAAAAAUAUAAAUAGUAAAGUAAAGUACAGAUACCCCCAAAAAACUACUUAGGUAGUACUUUCAAGUAUUUUUACUUAAGUACUUUACACCACUGAAUAUGAGUCCUCCAAAUGUCUGAAUCCCUGACCUCUGACCUCUGACCCUCCCACAGCUUAUUGUUAUUACACCCACUACCUGAAGGUAGAGGUCAGCCAAUCUCACCCUGUGAUGAAGGCCUUCUGUGGGCUGGCACUGCAGGCUGCCUCGGCCGGAGGUGCUGGGCAGAAGAUGCGAGAUGCAGAGGAAGGUUGUUAUAGACACACACACUCAUACACACACACACACACACAUGGUUUUGCACAAAGGGUGUGGCCUUUGCUGUCCCUCACAGACACUUUCCAGACAUGACAUUGAGUGAACCUACUAGUACACAAUGUGGAAUUUAUAUCACCACAGCAAACACAUUUUUUAUGAUUAAAUAAUUCCAUCCAUCCAUCCAGUGUCAGUCUAUUGCUCUGCCCUCUGCCCUGAUAUCCUCCUUCUCCUCCUCCUCCUUCUCCUCCUCCUCCUCCUCCUCCUCCAUGCUUUCAGGGAUCCAGAUGGUGAAUCAGGAGAAGAGACAGAACAAGGUGGUUAACAGCAGGAGGGUCCGGGCACGCUGGCAGCUCCUCUACACGCUUGUCAACAACCCAUCUCUACUGGGCUCCAGAAAACACUACCAGCUGCAGGUAGGGCGCCCAGAUAGAGGGUAGAAAAGCAGGCCAGCAACCUGUGUGUGUGUGUGUGUGUGUGGUCCUCUGUAGCUCAGCUGGUAGAGCAUGGCGCUUGUAACGCCAGGGUAGUGGGUUCGAUCCCCGGGACCACCCAUACACAAAAAUGUAUGCACGCAUGACUGUAAGUCGCUUUGGAUAAAAGCGUCUGCUAAAUGGCAUAUUAUUAUAUUAUUAUAUAUUAUAUUAUUAUGUGUGUGUAUGUGCGCGUGUGUGUUACAAUUUCCUGUACUCUGCAAGACAAAGUAUUUUUCUUCUCCAGCCCUCUGACAGCUUCGUGAAUGGAACGAACCGCAGCAAGAAGGACGCCAGCGGCAAACCCACCGCUGCCGAGGCAGGCGCCGCCACACCCACCGCUGCCGAGGCAGGCGCCGCCACACCCACCGCUGCCGAGGCAGGCGCCGCCACACCCACCGCCGCUGCCACCGAGGCUGCUGCUGCUGCUACCUGA